GAGGAGAGGCUUUCUCUUUUUCGACAACCUCUUGCAACCGAAAAAAAAGAAGCGCCCACCGACGACUCACGCCCGCAUCCUCACAUCUUUCCUUUCUCGACCGACCGAGACCCGACCGACCGACCGACAGUCAGGGGGAAAAAAAACACACAAUCCGCCAAAAUGUCCACCAGCAAGCAGGGCGUGCAGUGCUUCGGCAAGAAGAGGACGGCCACCGCCGUCGCCCAGUGCGUCAAGGGCCAGGGCCUGAUCAAGGUCAACGGCCGCCCGCUGUCCCUCGUCGAGCCCGCCACGCUGCGGUACAAGGUCUACGAGCCUCUCCUGGUUAUUGGCCUGGACCAGGUCUCGGGCGUUGAUAUCCGCGUCCGCGUCACCGGUGGUGGUCACACUUCGCAAGUCUACGCCGUCCGUCAGGCCAUCGCCAAGUCGAUCGUUGCCUACUACCAGAAGUAUGUCGAUGAGCACAGCAAGAACCUGCUCAAGCAGGCCCUGACACAGUACGACCGUACCCUUCUGGUCGCCGACAACCGCCGUUGCGAGCCCAAGAAGUUCGGUGGUCCCGGCGCCCGCUCCAGGUUCCAGAAGUCGUACCGUUAAUCUAUGUAUUUUGGGUCCCUUUGUGGUAUUAUUUCUGCGCUUGGCGGAGGGAGGAGGGCACUUGUGUCGGACGGUUCCACCUAUGGAUGGCCUGUGUCUGGUGGCCGCGCGAGCCUGCCUCCGGGGCGGAGGCGCGGCGAGGCGGCAUAGACGACCGGCACACACGGCCGGCCGGACGGACGGCAGCGCGCUCGUCUCUUUUCGUUGCGGAGUCAAUGGGAAAAGGCGGGUAAAGGAAACCCUUGCUUGAUUUAUUUUAUGCGCUAUACUUGCAUGGCAUGCCUUCUUUCUGGGGCUUGGGUGUAAACGGGUUUUGGCGGCGAAACAACGAACAAAAUAUGCGCCGGGGUCUGAGGCGCUGGGUCCAAAAGACAUGAAAGCAUCGAUGACACAUGCCCUGCGUCUGCCCAACCG